AUGCAGCUAAAUUUAUCAGCGUCACCGAAAUCCACACAGAGCGAAGACAAAGAUUUUACAUACGAUUUCUCUUACUGGUCUGCAGAUAGUUCAGACCGUCACUUCGCUUCACAGGAACAGGUGUUUGAAGAUUUGGGUACAGACGUGAUACAGGCAGCGUUUGAAGGUUACAAUGCCUGUAUUUUUGCUUAUGGUCAGACAGGGGCUGGUAAAUCUUACAGUAUGAUGGGACAGGAGACUGCACCAGGAUUGAUACCAAGAAUAUGUCAGGGUCUGUACGCUCGCAUGGAAUCAAGUGGCGAUGACAAGACUGAAUUUAGGACUGAAGUUAGUUACCUGGAGAUUUACAAUGAAAGAGUUGGUGAUCUCCUUCGACCGGCUAAAGGAAGAGAGAAAUUCAAUCUCAAAGUGAGAGAGCAUCCAAAGGAAGGUCCAUAUGUACAAGAUUUGACAAAACAUGUUGUGAAAGAUUACGAAGGAAUAGAAAAUCUGAUGGAAGAAGGAAACACAAACAGGACUGUUGCCUCUACAAACAUGAAUGAUGUCAGUAGUAGAUCACAUGCAAUUUUCACUAUUUUAUUCACGCAGGCCAAGUUCUAUACUGACAUGCCCAGUGAAACUGUUAGUAAAAUCCACUUAGUUGACUUGGCUGGCAGUGAGAGAGCAAACUCCACUGGUGCUACAGGAAGCAGAUUAAAAGAGGGAGCUAACAUCAACAAAUCUCUUGUUACAUUGGGAACUGUUAUCUCAGCAUUAGCUGAAGCAAGUGAGAACUCCAUCAGUAAAGAUCCCAAGAAGAAACUUUUCAUCCCUUACCGCAACUCUGUGUUAACAUGGCUACUGAAAGACAGUUUGGGAGGAAAUGCCAAGACAAUCAUGAUAGCAGCCAUAUCACCAGCUGAUGUGAACUAUUCAGAGACUCUUAGCACGUUACGUUACGCCAAUAGAGCCAAGAACAUCAUCAAUAAACCCACAGUCAAUGAGGACCCUAACGUGAGACUGAUCAGGGAAUUAAGGGCUGAGAUAGACAGACUCAAAGUGCUCCUGCAGGCUCACGGACAGGACGGAGUUGGCGAGCUUGGUGCGGCAGAGGAGUCGCAAAUGACUGAGAGACUGCACGAGAACGAGGCGCGAGUCGAAGAACUCACUAAAAACUGGACCAGCAAAUGGCGGGAAACGCAAAAAAUUAUUGAGGAGCGAGCACUCGGCUUCAGAUAUGAGGGAGCUGGUAUUAAAAUGGAGUCAGAGCUUCCUCAUUUGGUCUGCAUUGAUGAUGAUGUUCUCAGUACAGGAGUAACACUUUACCAUUUGAAGGAUGGGAUGACUUACAUCGGAAGAGAGGAUGCAAAUUUUAAUCCUGAUAUAGUGUUAUCAGGACCUGGUGUUGAAGCUGAACAUUGUAUCAUGGAGAGUAUUGAAGGAACAGUUAUACUUCAUCCUAUCGCCUCCCUGUGCCAAGUGAAUGGGCUUCCUGUGGGCAAGUCACAGCGGAUCAGUCAGGGAGAUGUAAUUUUACUUGGAAAGACCAACAUGUUGCGGUUUAAUCAUCCUCAGGAAGCUGCGAAAUUGAGAAAAAAGCGAUACUACGAGUCGAUGGAGAAUUUAGCGGACCUUAGUUCAGAACCAGAGAGAGAACCUUCUUACAUGUUCUAUAAUGCCGGCUUGGAGCUUGAGCGUCAGUAUCGGGAAGAAACUCGGAGAAUUGAGGAACAAAGACGAUGUCUUGAAACUCAACAGAGAGAGGCUGCUGACAAACUAGAGGAAGCAAGACGUGAACUGGAGUUCCUCCGUUCCCAGCAACAGAGAGCUUCUGAAGUUCGAAGUGCAGAGGAGGUGGAACGAAGAAAGGAACUAGAAGCGAGUCACCAACAGUUAGAACUACAGAAGAAAUAUCUGGAGGAGAUACGAGAAGAACAAGAGCUGGCGCGAAAACGAGCCGAAGAUGAAAUAAGACAGGUGAAGGAAAGGAUCCGUCAAGAACAAGAGGAAGAAAGGCAGCGGCUGGAGGCUGAGAUGCAGCGCCUGGUGGCCCUUGAAGAAGAUCACAGGAAGAAGGUUCAUAUCAAAGAGCAAGAGAUGGGAAGAAUCAAGGAGGACCUGGAGAAAAAGUGGGACCAAGAACGACGACAGGUUGAAAUGCAGAGGGAAGAGGUGGCAAAACUUCAGCAGGAAAUUGAAGCUAAAUCACAAGAACUGGAAGCAGCUGAACGGGAAGCAAGGGCUGCUGCACAGCGUAACAGCGUCGCAUCUUCAUCUGGAACUCUUAGUCCCUCUGCUAGCAGUGACGCCUUGCAAGGGUCCGCAGAAGGAAGUGAGGAAGCAGCUGAAGCAGCUGCCGAAACAAAAGCAGAAGCGGCUGCUGAAGCAGCUGCUCGGGCGGAGCCUGACGAAAAGUCACAACUUGAGGUACUUCGUGAACGACUUAGGCAGCUGGAGGUUGAUUACGAGGAGCAGCGGAAGGAAGCACAGAGAGAGGUGGCACAGGCUAAAGAUUCUGUCAGGCGAGUGGAGCAGGAAACGUUGGAGGGACUCCGCAGCCUCACUACUGGAAAGUCAGCCAUUGAAGGGGAGUGGCGGCGGCUGGAAGAGGUUCAGGCCAAGCACAAGAGGGCACAGGAACAGUCUUACGCCAAGAUUAGGGACGUACGGGAGAUGCUGGAGAACGCGGAAGAGGUGGAGGAAGCUUCUCUCAUAGAAAAGGAGAAGAUGAUCAUGGAGAGAAGAGCGGCGAGGAUGAAAGUUGAGGAGGCAAGACGGAGGUUGGAAGAAUUAGAAAACGAAGAUAAGGAAGGUGAGUUGACUGAAGCAGAUUUUACCAAAAAGAAAGAACUUCUAGAAUUCGAAACACGGGAAGAAAUAAAAGAUAUCAGGGAGGAACGGAAGAUCAUCAACGAACUGCUGAAUAAACAUCAAACAGCGCUGCAGAAAGCAACGCUAAUGGUGACGGAGACCAAGACUAAGCUUGAAAAACACCUGGAGAGCGAGAAGUUGAUCCUGAUGCCACUGCGAGAGAAGGUUGAGAGCUUGGUAAGGAAUGAACUCGGACCUCUGAUCGAAUACGAACAGGAGAUAGAGAAAAGGUGUGAAGACGUCGAUCGCGAGGGUCGAGAACGCAAGAAGCUCAUUUACAAGCAAAGGAGGCGGAUUGCGUUGCUGGAACGACAGCACAGCCAAGCGCUGCAGCAGGCAGAGAAGGAGACUUUGAACGAAGAAGAGCUGGAGGAGUUGGAGAACGAGAGAGAAGCUGAAAGGAGUUUGAUCAGGAAAGAGAAAGUGCGAUUGCUUGAGCUCGAGAAGAAGCACAAAGAGCAGCAGGAGGUAGCAGAGCUGACGAUAGGAGAAGCUGUACAGGAACUGGAGAAACGGAAGGGUACCGUCAACCAGCUGCUGGAGACCGAGAGGCGGAAACUCGCAGACCUGGAGGCUGUGCAUAAGGAGACGCUGGAGCACGUGGAACAAGAAUUAGAGCAGCGCUCAGAGAUCCUGCACCGAGUCAAGGAUAAAGUACAGAAGGAUAAACGGCAGCUGGCGAAGCUUGAUGUGAGGCAACAACGCUGCGCAGCGAAAGCUGCUGAGGAGUUGUUUCUCAUGGCGGACUUGUUGGAAAAGGAAAUGAGUGAUAAAGGAAAAACAGACGAGCUGUUAAGGAUCAAAGAACAGAGGAAAAAACUGCAGGAACUUGACAAACAAUUGAGAAUGGCGGAGAAGAGGGAAAGAACGUCGCGGGAUGAUCAAGAAAAUCAACAAUGCACUCUGCUAUAGACAUUCCCAACUUUCUCUAAACGUACCUGUGAUUUGAUGUUCGGGGAUAUUCCAAUCUUGUAGCAGAAAGGUAUUUCUGUUAGUUGUUAUAGAAAGAGUUAUUUUGAAGUAAGUAGGAAUCGCAAUAUAUCUAAAAUAAAUUGUCUCCCCGGGAACAGGGAACCUGCUGAGUUUAGUUUCCCUUUAGUUUCGUGCUUUGAAGCGAUCUUUUGUUCUCCCUUACAUAUUUAUAGCUAAUGAUAUUUCGCUUUUGUGUGAUGAUAUUAGAAUGUCAAACGAAAGAAAAGGCUUCAACUAAUGUUUUUGCAAUUAUCUUUAUUAUUCGAAAUUAAAAAUCUAUUCAAGAGCUCGUUUUGAUAUAUUUACCUUUCAGUUUAAUCGGUAUUUUUUUUGAGAUGUUAUGUCCAAUGUCGUUGAAGUGACUUUUUCCGUAACUGUAGUUCUUGACAAGGUUAUUUAAGUAUCUUUGAAAUAAUCUGCAAUUGUAAAUAUUUGAGCCAGUGAAAAGUGAAAGUUGUAAAUUAAUGAAAGGUAGAUUUAUUUCGUUAACAAUUAGAAGGUGCUAAGGUGAAAUCUACUAGACUAUUAUAGAUUAAAUUGGUUAAUGAAACUAAAGCUUUUCGUGGCAAACAUUAUUUAAUCUAAAGUUAACUUAAAUGUCCUUAAUCCAAACAAGAUUUUAUUUAUUUCGAUGAAAUAAUUUAAGAUUUAGUUUUCCCUUUUUUCAAAUUUUCGCGGCGAUCAAGGCUGACAAUAAAUUGUACAAAGUAUAAAUUUCCCUGUUUAUAAGGUAUCAAUGGUGGAAUGGAGAUGUAAAAAAAAAUGAAUGUUUGGAUGCAGAACAAAACAGCGACAUCUCCGAGGGUAUAUCCCAGGGAUUUGAUAUCCCUGGGGUUUGGAACGGUUAAGAUCCAGAGAAGAAAAAUUUCUUAGUUUGUAUCCGCUGAAAUGUUGAUUGUUUGCAGAAUUGCAGGAUAAUGUGCUCUUGGUAAUUAAAAAGUCCAAACAAUAAAAUGUAA